AUGGCAGAGCCGCGGACUCUAAGCGUAGCGUGGCUUCCUAAAGGAGUUCUGAAAAGCGUCCCAGAUCGCGUGAAUUUGGAAGAAGAUGAGCUUCUCGAGAUCAAAGAAAAGCUGGGAAAAGUGAAAGCAGACGAGAGCGAAGAGGAGCUAGAAUCAGAGGAUGAAAAUAUGGAAACUGUAUCGGAUGAGAAGAAAGCGCUCAGACCGGAAUUGGAAAAGGAAGACAGCGAUGUGUGGGAUAAAUUCAACCUGGACGAUUACGACGACGAGCCGGGAAUCAUCGAUCCAGGCAGCAUCGGCGCUUUGGUUCACGAGGGAGAAGAUGAGUACACCCCCGUUGGAGAAUUCGACAAGGAAGACGAAGAAGAUUUGGUGAUCAAACCGGAAGAUCAUGUUCUGUUAGCUGGUGUGGAUAGUCCAGAAGGAACUGCAGCUGUUGAGGUUCGAAUUUUUAACUCGAACGAAGAAUACUACGUCCGCAACGACAUUCCCCUUUCCGGCCCUCCCCUCGUUCUCGCCUACAUCAAUUCCGAAAUCGGCGAAGCUGUGGAGGAAGAAGAAGGCGCAGAGUAUGGCAACAACUUUGUCGCUGUGGGAACGAUCACCAGCGAAAUACAGAUUUGGGAUUUGGACAUUAUCAACGCUCCAGGGCCAGCGUACGUCUUGAAUGGACAUAAAAAGGACACAGCCGUCGUUUCCCUCAGUUGGGACGGAAAGAAUCAACUUGCUUCGGGCGGAACGGACGGACAGGCACUUGUCUGGUCGCUGGAGAACGCGCAGAAAGUGGCGCUGGGAAAGAAAUCUGAUUCUCCAAUUAACCAAAUUAUCUUUUCCAAGAGCGAGCGCAUAAUUACUGGCAACGGCGUUGGCCUCACCAAAAUAUUCGACAAAAGCUCCGAGCAUCUCUUCUCCUCUGGUCACAUGCCAGGCGCCAGUCUUACCGUCUGGAACGUGUCAAAACAUUUGACAGCGGAAAACGUCAAGACGCAGCCUCUUGCUCAAUACAGUCGGAGGAGGCAGAAACAGGGAGGGAAGAUUUUCUCCACCGUCCUUUGUCCAGAAGAGAAAUCAGCGCUGGUUCUUGUUGGUGGGGAAAGAGGUGGCCCUCAAGUCUUUAAAAUCACCCAAUCCUCGAAGAAAGCUGAAGACACAGCCGAGGACGAUUCAGAUACGGAAGACGAGGACGAGGAAAUGGCGGAAGACGCGGCCGCCAUGAACGAUAUCAAAGAAGAAGAGUGGGAAACAGACGAUGGCUCAUCGGAAGGCGAAGAAAUCGAAGAGUAG